GUAAAAGCUGUGUGAAUUGGGUGAAAAGUCCUGUGGUUCUACAGGUUUGAAGAAUGUCAGACGAUUUGUAUGAGAUUCUCGGUGUGGAGCGUACAGCUACACAGGUUGAGAUCAAGAAGGCGUAUAGGAAGCUUGCCUUGAGUCACCACCCUGAUAAGGCACCAGAGCACCUGCGUGAAGAGUCUGAGAUCAAAUUCAAGGAGAUCAGCGCAGCGUAUGAGAUUUUGGGCGAUGAGGCGAAGAGGGCACAGUACGAUGCCGGUGGAGGAACGGGCAAUGGGAAUGGCCAUGGGUUCCCUGGAGGGUUCGACGAAGAUGAGUUCUUCUCCUUUUUCGGUGGAGGUGGUGCAAACGGGUUCUAUGGUGGUGGAUAUGAUAGCUAUGGCUAUGAUGAGCCGCCGCCAGAGAGCAACAGAACUGAAGAUGCAAAGCUGAACGUGAAGUGCACGCUGUCAGAUCUGUUUAACGGUAAAACCGUCAAGAUAACGUCCUCCAGAAACGUGCUGUGCUCUCAGUGUAAGGGAUCUGGGCUGAAGCCGAAGGCUCAAGGUUCAACGUGCCCUGCCUGCGAUGGUCAGAAGCGUGUCAAAGUGGUGCAUCGUAUGGGCCCAAUGGUGAUGCAACAGGUUGAGCCUUGUAAAAGAUGUGAAGCACGGGGGAAAGUGUACAAGACCAGUGAUAAGUGUAAGAAGUGUAAAGGUGUGAAGGUGAAUGAAGAGAAGAAGAUUCUGGAGUUCGUCAUCUCCCCUGGUGCGAAGUUUGGCGACAAGAUUGUGCUCAGUGGUGAAAGCGAUCAGUCCCCUGGUAAAGUUACUGGAGAUGUCAUACUAUCAUUAGAUGAGGAUACUUCAGACUCUACGAUCUUUGAAAGACGUCAAGAUGAUCUCUAUACAAAGGUGACCUUCUCACUUGAAGAGUCGCUGUGUGGAUUCAAGGACAAGGUGAUAUUGAAGCACCUGGAUGACCGUUAUUUGAAGAUCUCAUCACCAACUGGCAAAGUUUUAAGGCCAAACGACUACAUCAAGAUCAAAGGUGAAGGAUUCCCCGUGAAGAAUACUACAAGACGUGGAGACCUGUUCGUUCUUGUUGAAGUUGAGUUCCCAAGUGACAAUUGGUUCACAGAGCGUAGCGAGCUGAAUAAGUUGAAGAACAUCCUUCCAACAACACAACCUAACCGUGAAUUUGAAGAUGUUGAUUUGCAGAACGUUGAUCAGGUUGACUUCUCCAUCGUCAAUGAAAACAAUCAGGAGUUCAGAGUUGUCGAUAACGACAAUGCGAACAGUUCCUACUGUGCGCAGCAGUGAUGGACCAAAAGAGACAGUGUGUAUAUACUCUACAAACGGAUUGUUAAAUUUGCAUAUAAAACUGAAAAUUGUUUCCCUUGUCAUUG